AUGUCGACACUAAAAUGUAAAGGUUCAUUCGAGUUUACCAUUUUCGAGGCGACGAAGCUCGUUGGAGAUGUGUACAGUCCGCCGUUCGCCACUUCAAAUGAAAUGUUUUGGCAAUUAGUGUUCAAUCCGUCUACUCCUGAUCACCCACAAUUUUGUUCACUUGGUCUCCGAGCAAUCCCGAAUCCCGAAGAAGAAAACACAACAGGAAUAUGGAAAAAUCGUGAUAUGUAUUUCGCCACAAUUUUUCUAAAAGAUCCGAAAACUCAAAAGAAAAUUGAUAUUGGACGAGCAGAGUUGAAUGGAUUUUCAGCUACAAGGCGUGGCUUUGGCUGGAAAGAUUUUUGUCAUAAUUCAGAGCUUCCCGCACACGGUGAACUGGUUUUCGGUGUAGAAUUUGAGAACGCAGACAUAGGACUUGUAGCACAUUCUGUCACUCUGCCCGGUCGGUCGCUACCCAAAGAUCUCGUCGAUGCUUGGGGCGACCAGCUGAAUAACCCAGAUACCGCAGAUGCACAAUUCAACGUAAACGGACGAACAAUCUACGCGAAUAGCGGAAUACUCUGUCGUCGUUCCGACUAUUUUAAUACAAUGUUUAAUGGAGCUUGGUCUGAAACUAAAGCCAAAAAGACGCCGAAUCGGCAAAUGUUUACACGACAUGUAAGAGAUAUGAGUGAAUUUUCGUUGGGGAAUGUUUCGAUUGAGAAAACAACAGGUUCUGUUGCUGCUA